AUUGAAAAUAGUACAACAUUUCGAGACAAGACAGAAUUUGCUCAAGAUAAAUAUAUUAAAAAGAAGAAAAAGAAAUAUGAAGCCAUCAUAACUAUUUUGAAGCCAUCUACCCGUAUUCUUUCAAUUAUGUAUUAUGCAAAAGAACCUGGAAAAAUUAACCACAUGAGAUAUGAUACACUAGCCCAGAUGCUGACCUUGGGAAAUAUCCGUGCUGGCAAUAAAAUGAUUGUAAUGGAAACAUGUUCAGGCUUGGUGCUGGGUGCAAUGAUGGAACGAAUGGGAGGUUUUGGCUCCAUUAUUCAGCUCUACCCUGGAGAUGGACCUGUUAGGGUAGCAACAGCAUGUUUUGGAUUUCCCAAAUCUUUCCUCAGUGGUCUUUACGAAUUCCCCCUCAACAAAGUGGACAGUCUCCUAAAUGGAACAUUUUCUGCUGAGAUGUUAUAUGCAGAGCCAAAAGACAGUGCAUCAGUUGAAGAAAGUAAUGGCGCACUUGAGGAAAAGCAGAAUUCUAAACCAGACAAUGAAGACAGCAUGGCCGAGGCCCCAGAGAGCAAUAACCCAGAACAAGAAUCGAUGGAGGUUGUUCCUCAAGAUCCAGAAUAUAAGGAGCCUAAAGAAAGAGGAAGCAAAAAAGAUUAUAUUCAGGAAAAGCAAAGGAGACAAGAAGAGCAGAGGAAAAGACACUUGGAUGCUGCUGCUCUGCUGAGUGAAAGGAACACAGAUGGUUUAAUUGUGGCCAGUCGUUUCCAUCCCACUCCAUUGCUGCUGUCUUUGCUAGACUUUGUGGCCCCUUCAAGGUCUUUCGUGGUCUACUGUCAGUAUAAAGAGCCUUUGUUGGAAUGCUACACAAAACUGCGUGAGAGGGGAGGUGUCAUCAACCUCAGGUUGUCUGAAACCUGGCUCAGAAAUUAUCAGGUUUUGCCAGAUCGAAGUCAUCCCAAGCUGCUGAUGAGUGGAGGUGGAGGUUACCUUCUGUCAGGCUUCACUGUUGUCUUGGACAACCUUCGAGCAGACACCAGCCUCAAGUCCAGUGCGAGCACCUUAGAAUCACACAAGACUGGGGAGCCAGCAGCUAAAAGACAGAAAUGCCCAGAGUCUGGCUCGUAACUUUUCAAGAAUGGCUUUGAUUUUUGUUCUCAGGCAUUCUGCAGUUAAAACUUAAACUUUAAAUGUCAUAACUAAUUUUUUUGUCUGUAUGCGUAUUCUGAGAAUAAGAAAGUGGCUGUAUACCCCUUCCUGAGGAGAAGGAAUAGCCUUUGUCCACUUCCGACGCAGAUGUGUUUAAUCUGUCUAAACUGAAACUCAAGUAUGCAGUAGU